ACAGCAAUAUUUCCACCCUUUACAACAUCCUGGAGACAACGUCAGUAGCAGAACGGACACUUCAGCAGAACAACAGGCAAUGGCAUCUCAUCCUGUCGCCAUGGAGACCUCCAGUGCCAAGCUCUCCUGCUGUAGGUGGGUAUGGCACCGGGUCCCUCAAACCCACAGAGAAGAACUUCAGCACAUCCUGAGCAUGACUGGACCUCUGAUGUUCUCUCGAAUCCUGAAUUAUCUGCUUCCAUUUGUGGUUACGAUGUUCUGCGGUCGUCUGGGAAAUGAGGUGAUGGCUGGUUAUGGAUUAGCCUCUGCUACCAUAAAUGUCACCACGGCGGCACCUGGAUACGGUCUGGCACUUGCAUGUGACACUCUGGUGUCUCAGACGUUUGGUGGUAAGAACCUGCAGCGUGUCGGUGUGAUCCUCCAGCGGGGCGUCGUCAUCCUGCUGCUCUUCUGUCUGCCCUGCUGGGCUCUGCUCAUUAAUGCUCAGCCCAUCUUCUUAUGUCUGGGUCAGGACCCUGAUGUGGCCAGAAUAGCCCAGCUGUAUAUCACAGCCUAUCUUCCUGCAGUGCCUGUGAUGUUCCUGCAUCACCUUCAGGCAUCUUACCUGCAGAACCAGAGUAUAACUCUGCCCCAGAUGUACGCUGCUGCCAUAGCAAAUGUAUUGAACGUGGCAACGAAUUACGUCUUUCUCCAAGUGCUGGGUUUGGGGGUGAGCGGAUCUGCAGCAGCCAACACUCUGUCGCAGGUUUACAUCUGUGCUUUGCUUUUCGGAUAUAUUCGGUGGAAGAAGCUUCACACAACAACAUGGGGAGGCUGGACUGUAGAAUCGCUGCAGGAGUGGGGCUCCUACAUGAACCUUGCAGUUCCCAGCUCAUUAAUGAAAUGCUUUGAGUGGUGGGUUUAUGAGUUUGGAAGCUUCUUUGCAGGGAUGCUGAGUGAAGAUGAGCUGGCAGCCCAACACGCUGUGAUCAUGGUCUCAUUCAUCACCUACAUGUUCCCUCUCGGAGUGCAAGCGGCAGCAUGUGCACGUGUCGGGAACGCCCUUGGGGCAGGAGACACCGCCAGGGCAAUAAUCACCAGCAAGCUGUCCCUCAGUGUGGUAGUCACCAUUGCACUUCUUGAAGGUCUGCUGCUCAGCUCCACUAAAACAGUGAUCGGCUUCAUCUUCUCCUCUGAUCAGAAGAUCAUCGGUUUGAUCUCUAACUUGAUGAAUGUUUACUGCAUCCUUCAGUUAUUUGAUGGUCUUGUGUGUGUGUGCACAGGCAUCUUCUUGGGUUCGGGCAAACAGAAGAUUCCAGCUGUGGCCAAUCUGAUUGGUUACUAUGGCAUCGGCCUUCCAAUGAGCAUGGUUUUAAUGUUUGUUGUGAAGCUCCGAGGUUUAGGUUAUUGGCUGGGUCUCCUCAUCUGCGUCUGCUUGCAGUCGACCUUCUACAUCAUUGUCAUCUUCAAGCUAAACUGGAAGAGAAUGACGGAAGAGGCUGUGAAACGAGCUCAGAAAAACACAAACACCACGUCAUUAAGCACGGUUUCCUCUAACAGCAUUGCUGACCAGAUGGCACACAGCGAGCACGAUAUGGACGCCGAUGUCUCUGUGAGCCAUGAUGCUCGUGACUUGAGCUCGGACACACCGUGCGGGCAUGUGGCCCCCCGCAUGGAGCGUGGGCAUCUAUCCACCAAUCAGCUGCUCUUCAGACGAGGCCUCACCGUGUGUGCUGCAGCAGCUGUACUGGCUGUCGGGGCAAGUUUGCACGUACUCUUGCCCGUACUGGAGACACCGUCAUCAUCACGGGUUAAUUUCACUACGAACUGGAUUAAUGCAACACAUCCUCCUGAUUGAAUUCUUACCGCUGUGUUCCUGGUG